UAGAAUGAAACAAGAAGUGCGGUAAUGUUCGUCACUGCAGGUGUCACUUUGUGUAAAAGAAGUGUUUUAAUUUGAAGAGAAAAAAAAUUACAUUUCAAUUCCUAUCAACAGAAAGUUAAAUUGCUCAGCAGCAUGUCAGCUAUUAGACGAGAAACACGUCAUUGCGACACUAGAGUUUUGGAGAAGAAACCCGAUAACGCAACAUAGACUGAACCAGUAUUCUAUUACAAGCAAAGGAUUUUUAUAUGCACUUUACUACAGACAGGACCGCACAUACCACGGUCUUUUUAAACAGUCUAACAAUGUCUCAAGACGGUGAUUAUUACGCCAAUUUUCAAGCGACUGGUGGCACAGAGUACGUCAAUGUGGAGAUCCGUAAAUCCGACUGCAACGCCAAUGACACGGACAAUUAUUUGGAACAAAUUGUUGAUCCAGACAUGCACCUGGUGGAUACCACAUCCAGUGAACCAGUUCCUGGAACGAUGAGAUACCCACAAAAACAACCACAAAGAAAUAUGAAGACGCUUUCCAAGGAUUCAGCCUAUAGCACGAGUUCUGGAGAAACAGAGACCGGUGACACACGGUGCGUCAGUGACUGCAAAGAAAAUGACAUGGAUGAUUAUUUGGAACCAAUUGCAGACCCACACGUGAACAUUGUGGAUACCACAUCCGGUGAACCAGUUCCUGGAACGAUGAGAUACCCAAGCUCAGGAAUGCAAAAACAACCACAAAGAAAUAUGAAGACGCUUUCCAAGGAUUCAGGCUAUAGCACGAGUUCUGGGGAUAUUUCACCAGAAAUAUGUUUUGACGUAUACGUCGAGCCUUUUGUUUGCAAGAAGACGCCGCCAACUUUUGGACCCUCUGUACUGGCAGUCAAUGGUGUUAGUCUUGAACUGAGAUCAAAGGACAAUGGAACCACCUAUCUCACCUGGCCCAUUGUGUUCAUUCGUCGGUAUGGCGCAACCGAGCAGAUAUUCCAUCUAGAAGCAGGUCGACGUUCCGAAUCUGGCGAGGGACUUUUUAACUUCUUCACUCCAUACGGAAAGCUUAUAAUCGAGGAAAUAAAGAAACGAUCAGCCCAUUAGAAGUUUCGUUUCAUUCACAUUAUUAAAGUCGCAGACUUUAUGUUGAUCUCGCAACAAAAAAAAUGGACCGUACAUUUGAAUAAUCUGCAAACCUGUAACACAUUAGGAUAAAGUCGCAAAAUAAUGGGAGUUUGUUCUGAGACGUUGAAAUGGGAAAAUAUCUUUAACAAUAGACUACCCAACAGGCCUUUUUCGUCGGACCAUCGGUGGCCCAUCGCCGACCAAAUCGUUGGCCCGCUGUCGGUUGCCGAUGUGGACCCGUAGUCAUUUUAGAGCUCGUCUUCAUAACCGUUACUUCUCGGAGGUAUGUGCAUUUUUUUUAAAUACGAAAAAUGCAUUUUAUUUUAUGGUAUU